UUGGCCACGCGUUUCAAUAAGUCGCUGCGGGAACAAUAUCUGACACAAUCUUAUUUGUAGAGUCAUGAGCACGUCACAUAUUUUUGCAGCCUUCGAAGAAUAAUAUAUACUUAGGUAUAUUGCAGCAGCUCUUCACACGCGGUCCGCAAACAGCAAGCUCAAAUGGAUGCCACUUGUCACCUCCGAGCGACUAUUCUGAGGCAAGUCCGAUAUUUAUGAUCUAGGUACCUACUCUAUCUAGGUAACUAAAGUUCGGAAAGAGAAGAGUCGUGAAAUAUAUGGGAUCCAAUACAUUUUACAACUCUUCUCUUUCCGAACAGACUUUAUUCAUAGUUAUCUACCGUUUCUUCUUCAUUCAUUUAUUGUUGUUUUAACGAAACCUCCACAUUGUGAUAUACAUACUCCUUGUUUUGCUUUCUGUCAAUGUCACUUAUGAUUAGAACUAUGUAAAUAAAAUAUGUUGCUAAAAUUUAAAGUUUAAUUAAAGUACUUCGCUUUUAAGUUGAAAACCCAAAUAUAAAAUAACAUUAUGCAAUUUUCGGUGAUGUUUCUGUGAUAACUUAUCUCGCUCAAUUUAUAAAUUAAUCUCAGAUAAGUGAAGACGUAAACUAAAUCAAGGUAUAGAAAGGGUUGUAACAGACCAUUAGGUACAGGUUGGAACGCACUCGCAAUUCGAGCUUCAAUAUGGAGGUUCUCAAUGUCCUCAUCGUGCUCGGUCUGAUCGGUCUGGUUGCUGGUGCGGUCACAGAUCCUCCCGCCAGCUCCAGCGUGGAGAUAGACUACCAUAACAAGGUCGGCAUCCCGUUGGCGGCUCGCAGAAAGGCGGACGAGGAGACCUCACACUUCCGUGGUGGCAGAAUCGUGCGCGUAAAGAGUGCCGCUCUCGGACGGUACUCUUACAUGGCCGGUGUAAUCAUCACCCUCACGGACGGACGCACCUCCAUCUGCAGCUCUUCCCUACUGACCAACACCCGCGCCCUCACCGCCGCCCACUGCUGGGCCACAUUCUGCUCCCAAGCUCGCCUCUUCACAGUCGUCUUGGGCUCGACCACACUAUUUUCCGGCGGUACUAGGAUGGUCACCGCUGACGUCGAAAUUCACUCCGGCUACAAUAAAUUUACGCUCGCCAACGAUAUCGCUAUCAUGAAACUUCCGUGGGUCACCUACAGUAAUAACAUUCAGCCUAUUGCUAUUGCGACCGGCAACAAGGAUUUCGCAGGUACCUGGGCCUGUGCUAUCGGCUGGGGUAGCCCCGUCACGAACAACGCGUUCUUGUCGCACAUGCUUGCGCCGGUGAUCAGCAACGAAGAGUGCGCGGACACGUACACUACGCACAUCGUCCGGGAUAGUACUAUCUGUGUGGCUACGAGUGGUGGCCGCGGGCCUUGCAUUGGCGACGCAGGUGGCCCGCUGGCCACCGCAGACAACAGCCUGUUGAUCGGCGUGAUGUCCUUCAUGCACGACCGCGGCUGCGACGCUGGCCCCGCAGGCUUCAGCCGCGUCUCUGCGUACACUGCCUGGAUCUACGCCCGCUUCUAAACUUUAACCUCGUCCUUAAAUAAGUAUAAAUGGAUUAUUCGGAACCA